AUGGAAGGAGGACAUGGAGAGGGAGAGGAAGGGUGGAGGAUGGACAGGAAGUGGAAGGAAGAAGGUGUGGACAGGUGGAGAGGAAUGAGUGGUGGAGGACAGGGUAGGAAGGUGGAAUGGAGGAAAGGAGGACAGGACCCAGGAGGGUAUGGAAGGAGGUGGACAGAGGAGUGGAAUGGGGAAGGUGGAGUGGACAGGAGGAAGGAAGGAGUGGACAGUGGAAGGAAGGACAGGUGGAGGAAGGAGGAAGGAAGGAAGGGUGGAGGACAGGAGGAUGGAAGGACAGGAGGAGGGUAUGAAGGAAGGAGGAAGGACAGGAAGGGUGAAGGAGUGGACAGAUGGAGGGUGGAGGAGGACAGUGGAAGGGUAUGA